CGAAAAUGCGCCACGUCAUUUCACUAGCCCUGUAUUGGGCAAGGUUAGCCAGGUGGAGACUGCUAAGGCUGAAAGGGCUGAAAAUCCAUCCCUGUCAGGACAUGCCGGAAUAGAGCGAAUUACGGGGGAAGUUUCGAGUGAUUACCCCGUGGCUUGGUGAGAUGACCUCCCACGGCAGGCGCUGGUUCGACGCCUUCAAAGGCUUAAAAGGAGGGUGUGUGCCUCGCUUCCAAUCCAAUUCCCGCAUUCUCUCGGCAUUCGCUCCUUAUUCCUCGCCGUCUCAUAUAUUGUAAUUCUCGCCAGCACUCGCUCGCAACACCUUCGCCUCAUCCCACAACACAACACAAGACAACAGCUUCCCGCAAUGGCCGCUCCCCAGAACAACCAGGUCGCCGCCGCCGGCCCCAUCGACAACGCCGACGUGGAGGAUUGGAAGAUCCGGGUCAACGACGUGCUGGCGAGGCCCUCCGAGGUCCUCAACCAGACCUCCCCCCAGGACGCCGGUCCGUGGCACGCCGGUCUGUUCAGCUGCUUCGAACCCAUUGACCUCUGCCUCAUCACCUGGUGCCUGCCCUGCGUCACCUUCGGCAAGACCCACCACCGCAUCCGCAAGGACGCCAACCUCGCCGGCUACGAGCCCAUCAACACCUCGUGCCUCCUCUUCUGCGGAGCCAGCUGCGUCGGUAUCCCCUGCGUCGCCACGGCGAUGCAGCGCGCCGACAUCCGCGACAAGUUCCACCUCGAGGGCAACUGCCUGUCCGAUCUCGCCAUCUCUUGCUGCUGCGGCUGCUGCACCCUCGUCCAGCAGGACAAGGAGGUCGCGUACCGGCAGCUCAACGCCGCGCCGAAGGACCAGUAUCAGCCCCAGGCCGGCAUGGCGUACCCGGAGCAGAAAUAAGAGCUGAACACACACACACACGCCUUCCCCAUUCGUCACGGCAAAAUUGAACUAGACGGGAACAUGAUGCAUGUACGUGGCGGGUUUUGGUUACCAUCUGGGGAGUGAAGGGAGGGGAGAAAAAGGAAAGGGGCUUACGAGGAAGGACCAUCGUGUGCCUUCGGUGUCUUUGUUGUUUUGAAACUGAUACCACUUGACUAAUUUUGCUCGACAUGCAUGACUGUAAGCAGCGUCCCUUUGUCGAUAAUAAUACCGAAAUGUCUGGGAGCCAGGAGCGGCUCGGUAGCUUCAUUUCAAACCAUCAAAAGUGG